AUGGCCGGCACAGCCCCAGCCGUGACGGCCACGGGCUCGGGCUCAGUCCCCCCCUCCAUGUCCAUAUCUUCUCUUGCGUACCUUGUCCCCGAGACGCCCACCAAAGAGUCCGCCGUUGCCACUGGUCCAAGUCCGCCUUCCUCGCUUUCCUCCACGCCACCCACACCUCCGAGCAAAGGCACCUCACCCCCACGCCCGCUACGUCGUUCUCGCGCCGUCCGCUGCUCCCUACUGCCCGGAAUGGAGGGGAUGGGCCCCACACCGCGUGUGGCGAGUCUCACGCGUCGGUCCAAGGUCUCCUUCCUUUCGUUACCCCAGGAGGCUACCUUGGGUGUGCUCGCUUACAUCACCGUGCCCGACAUGAAGAGCCUGCUGAUGGCUGUGGCCCCGGAUCGCAAGGCGUUCCACAAUCUACAGCUCCACAUCAUUGCGACCCUCAUUGAGCGCACCUGGUCGAGCAAAUCGGCUGCGACGGUGUGGCGCGAGGUGACCAUUGAGUGCGACCGGUACAAGUGGCACCUCGUCCACAAGCCUCAGAUGUGUCCGGCCAACUGCCGACACCCGGAGAUGCACAUGCACGACAAAGGAACUGAGCUCGACCUCGCUCGGCGCAACUGGGCAUCCAAGGGUACCUUUAGCGAGUCGCACGCCUGUCGCGUGAUGCACAAGAGCGAGGUCGAGUUCUGUACCACCAUCCUGCACGACCUGUACGAAUCGCCUGGUGAGGACGACGCCGCGUCAGAUCGGUUCCUCGUCGAGCUCGUCGCUUCUGACGGGGUCAGGCGCAUGUGGGAUGCCAUGUACGCCAACCCGCCCGACUUUGCGUUCAUCUCGUCCGUCCGCAAGCUUUCCCGUCUCUACUGUCUCUGCGCGCACGCCCUAAGCAUCAAUCUUCCUCGUGAGGAACAAUGGCUCAGUCUGUCGGCCAUCCCACCCAUCGAUUGCAAGGGCCGCGUGGCGUGGGAGGACGUGUGGGCGGCGUUGGCAAUCAUUGCCCGCCCAUCGAAGCUCCUUCCCAUGGCCGACAUGCCCGUCCCCUCUGUCCGCAUCAGCCUCUCGUGCAACCCGGCCGCUCUCGCCCCCAAGGGACCAUGGGACUGGGCCGACAUCUGCGGCACCUGGUACAUUGCCAUGGCGCAGUUCCCGGGGGGUUCUCUGAAACUCAUGUCGUAUGGCUGUGUCAACCUCGUUCCCCGCGCUCCCGACGUGAUCAGCGACGCCAUGGCCAAAAUGGACGCUGAGAAUGGGUUUGGUUUCAGCAACCCGCCAUCCUACGGAGCCACUCUUGCUACUGGCUUGCCCAAGUCCGAUGCUCUCCCACCCAUUUACUUUAGCGGACUCACUCAAUCAUCCUCUCUGUCCCGUUACCACCUCCGCGGCAUUGCCCAGCUCACGACCGACCAACCACCCGAGGUCCGCUACCGCGUAAUCUUCCGUAACGCCGAGACCAGCCUCGACGAGCUGUGCUUUGAAGGCGUCCACAUCGGUGGACCUGGAUCCAAGCGCGGCGUUGUUGGUGUGGCAUUCUCCCUCAUGAACAACAUUUGGUACAAAGGACUCGACCUGGACCGCGACAAUGCCCCACCUCCUCCCCCUUGCGAUACCCCCUUGGCCUAUGCCGCCUGGUUCUGGAAGCCUGAACCCACCGGCCACUCCCUCCCCACUUCUAUAUAG